GAGAGAGAGAGAGAGAGAGAGAGAGAGAGAGAGAGAGAGAACAUGUGUAUGUGUGUAUAUAUAAGUGAAAAGCUGCAAAAGAUGUGGGUGAAGCAUUAGGAGACAGGAAACAUCAUGGGCAGGAAAAUACAGAACCAAAAGGCAGACAGAGCAAGCCUAGCUAUAGGAAGAUGAUGUAUCUUAGGCCAGUGUAAAUGAACCUGUUGCAAAUUAUGUUCAGGAACCUCUGGGGGGGGGGGAGGCUGCUGCCAGCUGAGCCAGCAGGCGAGUGUGGACUCAAGUGUUGAGGAUUGGGUCCUUUUAGGUUGCAUGGCCGAGCUGAACAGGCGUUAAGUCUCUCCUUGCAUUGUCUCACCCCCACAAUGCCCCUGGAACACCCCUUUUCGGGGACUCACGCUAACAUAAGUUGCAAUGGAGUGAGGGGCUUAUGAUUCAGCUGGACCGUCCGGCUCAGCCGGAAAAGCCCAAGGUUUGCCGAAUCCAAACUCAGCUGCCCUUUACUAAGAAAAGAGAAGUGGAACGGAAAGGAUGGGCAAGUUGCAUGGUGGUUGGGUACAGAGAGGCCAAAAUAUAGCAUCCCUCUUCCCUUAUAAAUAAUAUACCUUUUGAUGUUGUGCUGACCAUUUUGGGGAGAAGGCUCCAGAAGUGUGCGAAGAAGACUCAAAGCCCCCUAAAAAUCUUCUGGAGUAGAAAAUAAGAGCGUAAGGAGAGCUUUGCCUCUGAGAAGCCCAUGUUAGCUAUUUUCAGGCAACAGCCCUCUCUGAUUGUUGCCUCCCAGCUACUGGAGCUUCACAAAUAUAUAUGGAGCAUGGAGGCUUCAUUCAACCAUCACAGCUCAGAGAUGUAAAAUUGUUUGCCAUGAAUUUGUGCCAAUUCUCUUUUAGAGCUGUUUAAACUAGUAGCUGUCUUUGCAGCUUGACGCAGCAGCCUCCCUACCUUAAUUUUAGGAGAAGUUGAAUGCAGAAGUACCUUCUUUAAUCCCUCUUGAAUUGAUGGUUUUUCAAGUGCGCAGGGUGACCCAGAGUUUUAAUUGAUGGGUGAUGGACAUCAGCAUGGCAGGAGAUAGGACCGGCCCUACCAUUGGGCAGAGAAGUAUGGCCUCAGGUGGCUUCUUUUGGGUGUCAUGUAAAGGUAGCAAAUGUGGUGUUGUCGUACUUUUUGCUCCCAGGCAGAAGCCCCUACGGGAUUUUCUGCCUCUGGUAUCUAAAUAAUUUGGCCAGCCUUGGGCUGCUGUGGCCUUGGACUCAGAGACAGAAGUUGGUUUAAUUUCCUGUGCCGCUUCAGGCAGCAAAAUGCCUUGGACUGGCCUUUGUAGGGCCUAGCAGGUGUAGGCCCCUCCUUUGAACAUAGGAAGAUGAUAAUGGGAAGCAGAUGCAGUAUUUGGGCGGCUCUUUUGCCACCCCUUCAGAAAUAAAUGGCAGGAGGACCGAAUUGCAGCACCCCCAAAUUUUACCCAUCAAGUUAAAUCACUUCCUCCCUGACCCCGACCCUCCAAGAUGCAACAUGAGGAAAUGCUGCUUUUUUCCUUUCCCACGGAUAUGGAGGAGAAAUGAGGAAGCAGACUGAUGGAGGACUCUGCAGAAGGUCACUGGCUCUAUCUGCAGGGAGGACUGGGAAUCUCCCCUACUUGAAAGCCCAGAGGAGCUGCUGCCGGUCAGAGCAGAAAACACUGAGGGCUGGCUAUGCAAUGCUGCUGUGGCUGACUCCCUGAGAUGGCCAAAACGGGCACCAAUGAACUUCAGUUACCACUGGAAGAUGGGGAGCCCGCUUCACAGGUCAAAGACGAAUGGUCAAAGGAAAAGCCGGAGUCUCAGAGCACUGUGAAAAUCGAGGUGGUUUGCACAGACGAUGGAGAGAGCUCUACACACAGUGCGGCUGAGGAGCCGACCCGCAAACGCAAGAAGGGCCCUGCCCCGAAGAUGCUGGGUGAUGAAGUGUGCAGCGUGUGUGGGGACAAAGCCUCGGGGUUCCACUACAACGUCCUCAGCUGCGAGGGCUGCAAGGGCUUCUUCCGGCGCAGCGUCAUCAAGGGCGCACAGUAUACCUGCAAGGGCAGUGGGCAGUGCCACAUGGACAUGUACAUGCGCCGGAAGUGCCAGGAGUGCCGUUUGAAGAAGUGCCGGCAGGCAGGCAUGCGAGAGGAAUGUGUUUUGUCAGAAGAGCAGAUCCGUAAGAAGAAGAUCCGUAAACAGCAGGAGGGAGAAGGGGCAUCGGGGGGCGAGGGGGGCGGAGGCGAGGUUCUCCGAGUGCCGCCUCUGCCCUGCGACCCCUCUUUGCCCCAGCCUGAACCAGCUCCCCUCACGCCUCAGCAGGAGGGCAUGAUCCGGCAGCUGGUAGCAGCGCAACAGCAGUGCAACAAGAGGAGCUUCAGUGACCAGCCCAAAGUCACGCCCUGGCCUAUGGGCAGCGAUCCCAACAGCCGGGAAGCACGGCAACAGCGCUUCGCCCAUUUCACAGAGCUGGCCAUCAUCUCGGUGCAGGAGAUUGUGGACUUUGCCAAGCAGGUUCCUGGCUUCCUGCAGCUGUCGCGGGAGGACCAGAUCGCGCUGCUCAAAGCCUCCACCAUCGAGAUCAUGCUUUUGGAGACGGCAAGACGCUACAACCACGAGACCCAGUGCAUCACAUUUCUUAAGGAUUUCACCUACAGCAAGGAUGACUUUCACCGUGCAGGUCUGCAGGUAGAGUUCAUCAACCCCAUCUUCGAGUUCUCUCGGGCCAUGCGGCAGCUGCAGCUAGACGAUGCCGAAUAUGCCCUCCUCAUCGCUAUCAACAUCUUCUCAGCCGACCGGCCCAACGUGCAGGACCACGGCCUGGUGGAAGCUCUGCAGCAGCCCUACAUCGAGGCCCUCAGCUCUUAUAUCCGCCUCCACCGCCCACAGGACCACCUGAUGUUUCCGCGCAUGUUGAUGAAACUGGUCAGCCUACGGACCUUGAGCAGCGUGCACUCUGAGCAGGUCUUCGCUUUGCGUCUUCAAGACAAGAAACUUCCGCCGCUUCUCUCUGAGAUCUGGGAUGUACACGAGUAGACAUUUUGGGGGGGCGAAGGGGGCAGAUGGGGGAGCAUACAGAUGUCUCUCCUCCUCUUUCUCUGUCUCUCUGUUUCUCUUUUUCUCUCUUAACGCACGUACUCCUUUUCUCUCCAAGCCCCGAGAGGCUUGUAAUCCUUCUACAGACUCUUUUGAACCUCAGCAUUAGGACUUGUAACUGAUGGACUCGUCCCACCAGAGGAACUGCAUCAAGGGGGUUACUGAGCACUUUUUCCCCACCUCGCCCCCUCCCCAACCCCCAUCUACUUGUACUUCCUACAGAGCUUGCCUCCCCAGCUUCUUGUUUUGGGGAGGUGUUGGUCACAUUUGUGCUUUUGGGGUGCGUAGGGGAAAGGUGAAGGGGGCUGCCCCCUCCCCACAAAGACUAAUUUCUCCUGCUCGUGAAGAAUGAACACCCUCCCGCCCCUACGUGACAUUCUCGGUGGGCCCCACUGGGGAGGGGGUGGCAUGGUGGUGUGGAGCUAUGCCCACAAAAAAAUAAAAAAUAAACCCAAUCAUGACAAACCAAGCAUCUGGCCUGGUGUUGACGGUAUGCGUGAAUGGAAAGUGAUCAAUAAUAAUAAUAAUAAUAAUAAUUUUACUAUUUGCACCCCAGCCACUCUAGGCAGCUUCCAACACAUAUAAAAACGUAACAUCAAACAUUAAAAACUUCUUGAUACAGGGCUGCCUUCAGAUUUCUUCUAAAGCUACUGUAGUUCUUUAUCUGAUGGACAUCUGAUGGAAGGGUGUUUCAACAGGGAGGGCGCCCCUGUAACUUCACUUUUCGCAAGGGAACAGCCACGACGUUUAGAUUUCUAGGCAUUGAGUUACAGGAGGAUCUGUCCUGGAGUGUUAAUACAAGGGGGCUUGUGAAGAAGGCGCAGCAGAGACUGUAUUUUUUGAGAAUUUUAAGGAAAAACCAUCUUCCACAAAAGCUGCUGCUUGCCUUCUAUCACUGUGCCAUACAGAGCGUGCUCACGUACGGUUUAUGUGUGUGGUACGGAAGCUGUACUUCUCAGGACAGCAGGGCUGUGUAGAAUUAUUAAAACAGCAGAGAGCAUUAUUGGCUGCUCACUCUCCACCUUAGAACAAAUCUACACAACCAGGUGCCAUAGAAAAGCACUAGACAUAUCGAGAGAUCCAACGCACCCGGGUCACCAUUUCUUUGAGCUCCUGCCAUCGGGACGGAGAUAUAGAAAAAUGCAGGCAAGAACGAGCUGUCUCAGGAACAGUUUCUUCUCCGGCGCGAUUUUGGCCUUAAAUGGGAAGCCUGGACUUUGAAGUCAUCUUAUUUUACUUGUUAUUUUGUAUUAUAUUUACUGUUUUUAAUUAGGUUUUUGUAAUUCUGGAUUAUGCGGAAUGCUUUAUCUGAGUAGAUGUAGCAACCGAGUAAUUUCGUUGUUCCCGUAAGGGGACAAUGACAAUAAAGAUAUCUUACAAGGCCCUCGGAGCUGGGCCUCACUGUAUGGGCACUCCACAACUGGAGUGGAGGUGCUCUUUCAGGUAUACAAGGCCGAGGCCGUUUAGGGCUUUAAAGUUUUUGCCUACAGCUUUGAGGGAUGGGUUGAGAGCAGAAGCCCAGACCCAUUCAGAGGGUAGGAAUGGGAGACAUUACUAAGAGCUUUAAGAAAAAAUUAGAUCAAUUUGUGGAGGAGAAAGCUUAAGUUGUACCUCCACUAUCGGAGACCGUAUGCCUCUGAAUACCAGUAUCUGGGAACCACAAGCCAGGAGAGAGCAUUGUUGAACUUAAGUCGUCUUAGCAGACUUUGAAUCUGAUUGGACAGUGUGAGAACAGGAUCCCGGGCUAGAUGGGCCUUUGGUCUGAUCCAACAGGGCUCUCCCUGUGUUGUUAUUAAGAAAUAUUUGAGACCUGUAGGCCAAAGAGGACUGGAGCAUGCCUUGGUUAUAGUGGGUGUACGCCCUCCAGAGCAGUAGCAGGUUUUUUGGCAGCUAUAAGAGAUCUAGUUGAUGCAGAAAAGGUAUAUGUCAGUGUAGAGUGGAGUCUUUGAUGAAUGAGAUUCUGGUUGAAAUCCUCACUCAGUUAUGAAGCUCACUCGGUGACAUGUGGGCCAGUAAUUUCUCUCAGCGUGAGCUUCCUCACACGUUUGUUGCAAAGGUGCAAUAGGUGGAGAGAGAGGGGAAUAUAUCCAACUCUUGAGUUCUUUGGAGAAGAGACAAGAUAAAAACUGAAAUGGGAUCCAAAGGUUCUAGAUUUCUAAAAAAAACAAAAACAAAAAAACUUGAGUGAUAAAGCUCUUAGCUUAUUGGAAUAGCCUUGGAGCCAGUGGGUUUGGGCAAGAUUAAUGAUCCGUCCUUAAACACACAUACUAGGCAGUAGGUCCGAUUGUAUUCAGUAAGAUUUACCCGAGUAAACAUGUUUAGAAUUGCAUUACAGUCAUAUCUUGGAAGUUGAACGGAAUCUGUUCCAGAAGUCGAUUCGACUUCCAAAACAUUCGGAAACCAAAGUGCGGCUUCUGAUUGGUGGCAGGAAGCUCCUGCAGCCAAUCGGAAGCCACGCCGGAUGUUCGGCUUCCAAAAAUCAUUCGAAAACCGGAACACUCACUUCCGGCUUUCGAUCGUUUGGGAGCCGAAACAUCCGAGUUCCAAGGUGUUUGGCAACCAAGGUAUGACUGUAAUUUAGUUGAGCCCUACUGAUUUCCAUGGAACUCAAGUUCAUGUCUUGACUGACGUUGCAUCUGCACCAUGCAUUUAAAUCACUAGUAGGCCACUUUAACAGCAAUGGCUUCCCCCAAAGAAUUAUGGGAGAGUUUGUGAAGGGCGCUGGAGUUGUUAGGAGACCCCUAUUCCCUGCACAUUGCUACAGUUCCCAGAGUUAACAGAGGAUAGGGAUUGAUUAUUAAAACCACUCUGAGAAUUGCAGUUCUCUGAGGGGGAAUAGGGGAGUCUCCUAACAGCUCUCAGCUCCCUUUCAAUCUAUAGUUCCCAGGAUUCAAGGGAGGGAGCGGAGAAGUGCCAUGACCCUUAGUGUGGCAUAAUAGUGCUAUAAAUGUAUGACGCAGCUGUAGCCUUUCAUAUUGCAUUCGUUUCAGUGGGAAGUACUUUCCCCACACCCCAAAGCCAAGCUAAAUCCAAACCAGAAUUAUUCGAUCACUGUUUAAGUGUUCUCCAAAUCUCCAUAGUACUAGUUACAGGUAGGUAGCUGUGUUGGUGUGACGCAGUCAAAACAAAAUAAAAAAAUCCUUCCAGUAGUACCUUAGAGACCAACUAAGUUUGUCAUAGGUAUGAGC